AUGUCGUCUUUGUACAUUAAGGAGGCUACUGGUGUGGACGAAUUGACUACUGCCGGUUCUCAAGACCAACCAUUUAAAUCCCCGGCAUAUGCUUUGUUUGCAUCCCAACAGAAGAGCGAUACCACCGAACCUAAGCUGUUCGUGUUCAAGACCGAAGACAAUGAGUUUCAAGAGAUCAGUGCCUCUGCCUUGAAGAAGGCUCGUAAGGGCUGUGAUGGUUUGAAGAAAAAGGCUGUCAAGCAAAAGGAACAGGAGCUGAAGAAACAACAAAAGGAGGCAGAAAAUGCUGCCAAGCAACUGUCUGCUCUGAAGAUCACCAUCAAGAAGGACGAGUCACUACCGGCUGCGAACAAGACCAGAAUCUACGACUCGUACGCCAAGAUCGGCCAAAGAGUCAAGAUUUCCGGUUGGAUUCAUAGACUUCGCUCCAAUAAGAAAGUUGUUUUUAUCGUUCUAAGAGAUGGAUCUGGUUUCGUCCAAUGUGUCUUGUCCGGUGAUCUGGCUCUGGCUCAACAAACUUUGGACUUGACUUUAGAAUCCACUGUUAAUCUAUACGGUACCGUGGCUAAAUUGCCGGAAGGUAAAACCGCUCCAGGUGGCGUCGAAUUGGACGUUGACUACUACGAGAUUGUAGGCUUGGCCCCCGGUGGUGAGGACUCUUUCACCAACCAAAUCGCAGAGGGCUCGGACCCCUCUUUGUUGUUGGACCAACGUCAUCUAGCCCUGAGAGGAGAUGCCUUGUCUGCAGUAAUGAAAGUUCGUGCCGCUCUGUUGAAGAGUGUUAGACGUGUCUACGACGAAGAACAUUUGACCGAGGUUACUCCACCAUGCAUGGUGCAAACUCAAGUCGAAGGUGGCUCCACUUUGUUCAAGAUGGACUAUUACGGCGAAGAAGCUUUCCUGACCCAAAGUUCUCAAUUAUACUUGGAAACCUGUUUGGCUUCCCUGGGUGACGUUUACACUAUCCAAGAAUCCUUUAGAGCUGAAAAGUCGCAUACAAGGAGACAUUUGUCCGAAUAUACACAUAUUGAGGCGGAAUUGGCCUUCUUGACUUUUGAGGACCUACUGCAACACAUCGAAACUUUGAUUGUCAAAUCCGUCGAAUACGUUUUGGAGGAUCCAAUCGCUGGCCCACUCGUAAAACAGUUGAACCCCGGCUUCAAAGCUCCAAAGUCUCCAUUCAUGAGAUUGCAGUACAAGGACGCCAUUACCUGGUUGAAUGAACACGGCAUUAAGAAUGAAGAGGGCGAAGAUUUCACAUUUGGUGACGAUAUCGCAGAGGCUGCUGAGAGAAAGAUGACCGAUGCCAUCGGCGUUCCAAUCUUUUUGACCAGAUUCCCAGUCGAAAUCAAGUCUUUCUACAUGAAGCGUUGCUCCGACGACCCACGUGUCACUGAAUCUGUCGACGUUCUGAUGCCAAAUGUCGGUGAAAUCACCGGUGGUUCCAUGAGAAUCGACGACGUUGACGAGCUAAUGGCAGGUUUCAAACGUGAGGGCAUUGAUACAGACGCCUACUACUGGUUUAUUGACCAGAGAAGAUACGGUACUUGUCCACACGGUGGUUAUGGUAUCGGUACCGAACGUAUCUUGGCCUGGUUAUGUGAUAGAUUUACUGUCAGAGACUGUUCCCUGUACCCACGUUUCAGCGGUAGAUGCAAGCCAUAA